AUGCGGUUUCUUCAGAAUAUUGUGCUUUUAGUGGUUUUUACUGUAGUAAAAUGUGAAGAUGAGAAUGGGUGGAAACAUGCGGUUUUAGAAGUACCAGAAAAGGACGGAAGUAAACAUAAUGUUAACCUAAAGUGAGAUAUUGUUAACGAAUGAUUAACUUGUAGAAAAGCUAAAGCUAUACAACUAGACGUUUUAUUGAUACAAUAGAACCAAAUCAUUGAAAAAUUUAACUCUACUGUAAAUUGAUGAAGAAAAAGUCUUUACAGUAACGUAAGGGAAAUUUUAGUUAUGGCUAUAGCACAAAAUACGGUAACAAUGAUAGUCCAGUUAUUUUACAUUUGUCUUUUGGAUUAUAUGAUGAUGUUGUGCGAUCACAGUUAUUUUUAAUUGAUCUGGCCGAUCACUUGAAUGCUACUGUAAUUGUAAUUCAACAUCGAAGCUACAACGAUGAUAUCGGUGCUUUUCAACCAUCUCAAGCUUUAAGCGACUUUAAUGCUCUUUAUAAACACUUUACUGAAGGUGAAGCUAGUCCAGUAAGGUUUAAAAAGUCCCAGAAAGUCAUUCUAUCUGGCUAUGGGUACGCUGGCUUCUUGGCUUUGUGGUUUUACACAGAAAACAACAAUGGAAGAUUUAAAAGGUAAAGUUUUUAUAAAAAUAUUUGAAAAUAAACCAUUGCUUACUGUGAAGCUAUUUAAAAUUUUUAGUGCUUUGAUAUCCGACGCUCCAAUAAACUUAUACAAGGGAUUUGGACUAUCAUUAGGAGCUGUUGAUAACCAUUUGAAGAAAGUGUACGAGCAAGCCGGCUGUAAAUCAACUGUCUUAAACAAUGCUUUGGAGGCCUUGAAAACGGAGAAUCUGACUGAUUUUCAAGAUAUUGCAUCUAUCUUGGGGCUGAAAGACGUUGACAAAGUGCCAGAAGAUGACCUGAAGAGAGAGUUACAGAUAUUAACAUACUUUAUUCAUGACGCCUUCAUUAAGUUGGCUGCUGACGAACAAGAUUUUGCUGAGAAGAGAGAAGGAACUGAAAUUAUUGCUAAACCUGUGGAGGUAAGAUUGCAUUUUAAGUCUGCUUUAUAAUUUGUUUGUUUUUUAACUGUCUUAAGAUGGUAAUAUGUUAUCUCUAUUACAGUCAAAACCUCUUUUCAGUCUUACUGUAACUCCGUAAACGUAUCAUCACAAAGCCUAGAAGGUAGAUUGUAUCCAAUCAAACGUCUUCUGAACAUUUUGAACAAGGACAAGUAUUCUUUUGAUGAUCUUGACGACUAUAAACUGAUGGUAUUGAAGUGCAACUAUUUGGUACCAUACAGUUGUCCUCAUGGUCCAAAUAACGACUUUUUCACAAAAGAAUGUCAGAACGAAGAAGAGUGGAAACGAUAUUGGAAGUCAUUGUGCAGUAGAUUCAACAAGGACAACGAUCCCAAGUGGGACUUUGCUAAACAAAACUUUGAAAUAGACUUGAGUAAGUAGAGGGUACUCUAUUCACAUUAAUCAUCAUCCUAUUGUAAUAACAUGUUGACUUUAAAUAACAUAACCUAAUAUUCAGGUGAUUUAAAGAACGUCGUAUUUGUUUACGGAGAAGAUGACGUAUGGUCAGUUACCAAGCCAAAAACCAAUGCUUUGACCUAUGUAAUACCAUUUUUGGGUCGCUCCAGAAUCUUCGAUCAACCAAAUUCGUGUGAUUCAAACACUUUGAAGCAAUUCCGAUAUCAGCUAAUCAACUUGUUGGACUGUUUCCUCGAUCAAAAUACAAAUGACAUAUGCGGUGACAUAAAAGGACAUCUACCGCAAUAUGAACAUACGAAUGAAACUGAAUGCUCUCCAGAGGUGUUGGCGUAUCCGUGGGGACAAACGUUGUUCAUCAACGAAACUAUCGACGAUUCAUCAGCUGCUGGGUUCAUUAUAUCUUGGAUUACUUUGUUCUUUGGUAUAGUAAUAACUUUAUUUUAA